AUGGAAAUUCAUGGCACUGACGCUGUAUUCCACCCACUUGACAAGGACAAAGCCAAAAAUGGCAAGCGAUUCCGAUGGCUUCUUCUUCUCAGAGCUCACAAAGCCUUCGCUUCUGCUGCCUGCUUUGGAAACACGCUCUCUUCAUUGCUUCAUUCUCUCAAGAAGAGACUCCUUCAUCGUUCCAUGGACAAGUCCUCCAAGGGCAGGAUUCUCUUCAGAGUCAUCCUCACGUUCUUGCUCAUGGCCUUGGCAUUCUUGUCUUUUGAGUUCCUUGCUGACUUCAAAGGCUGGCGCUACUUCCAGGGACACAUCCCUCGAACCUCCGAGAUCAAAGGCUUCUUCCAUAACGCUUACGUCAGCUGGUUGGAGUUUAGGGCUGGUUAUAUUGCACCUCCAAUUCAGUCUCUAUCAACAUUAUAUGUCGCUCUCUUUUUGGUUCAGUCUCUCGAUAGAAUGCUGCUCUGUUUGGGAUGCUUCUGGAUCAAGCUCAAGAAGAUUAGGCCCAAUAUUCAAGGUGAUUUGGAUUUGGAGUUGGAAGGAUCUAACUCUGAAUACCCUAUGGUGUAUGAGCAAUCGAUUUCAGUAGUGUGUGAAUUGGAUUGGCCGAAAGAUCGGUUGCUGAUUCAGGUUAUGGAUGACUCAGACGAUGAGGGGUUACAGUGGCUGAUCAAAGGAGAAGUAUCAAAGUGGAGUCAUAGAGGUGUGAACAUCAUCUACCGCCAUAGAUUGUUUAGAACCGGGUACAAAGCUGGAAAUCUAAAGUCUGCAAUGAAGGAUACAAUGUCUGUAACCAAAUUCAACGCCAUGGUAUCCGGUUUGUUCCAGUUAGGAAGUUCAUACGAAUGGAUUGUUACCAAAAAGGCUGGCCGGUUGCUGAGCCGGACUUGUUAG